AUGGACGAGGAUGAGGAAACAUUACGACUACAGCUAGCAGCUAUUGAAGCCAAGUUGAAGUUGAAAAAAUUACAAUCAGCCAGGUUGAACGCGACAAGCCCACGCAAAGAUGACACGUCAUUACAAGGAAGUUUUACCUCAUCGUCUUCCUCGGGGCAACCCGCCAGUCGAAUGCGAGCAAUGAGAGAGAGACUGGCUGCUGGGGAUCAGGCAGAUGAUGUUCAGAUUCCUUUGUCUCCUUCCAAGCGAAUGACGCCCCAGGAUCCGGUAUCCCCCCGUCGAGCACUUAUAAACUUCAAGAAAGCGAGCGAGGUAUCGCUAAAACGACCAUCCAGUGCAAGACCAGGAACCGCUCAAUCGAGAGCUUCUAGCACUCGUCCUGGGACUUCCUCUCGUUCCGUAAAUAAUCGAGACAGCCCGCCGGAUAUUUGGUCAGCGGCCGCGGAUGACUUCAAGAAACCAAAAUCCUUCAGUGAGCGUAUUGCAGAAAGCCGGAAUGCGGACAGAGCCAAACAGCAACGGACCGAGCAGAUACAACUUAACCGCAACUCGGCUUUUCAGAUUGAUAACAAAGAAAUCGAAAAAUACAAGGAAGAAGCUGCCUCAAGACCAAGAGCAGCAAGCCCUGAUAAGCGGCCAGCGGAGACUUUCAGUCGGGAGGAGGUGCUUCAGUCGUAUGGCAAUCCUCAUAUGCGGAUGAAAAAGUCUAUGACUGCUCCGAGUCUACUAGCAUCAGCAUCCAUUACAGCUCGACACUCUAAUUCUCCAGCAAGUGGGACUGCCGGUCAGAAAACGUCUAAGGAACCCGAUACUUCCAAGUUAGAGCCACUCUCCGGUCUCAACCUCUCAAACCGCAUUCUCCCCCAGUCAUUCCUCAGCCGCACACUGGAGAACAAAACAGUUCUCCGAAUACCCCAGCUCCUGAAAUUAGUCAAGGCACCUGGGUUUGAGUUGCCCGAGAGUAUAGAUGGAGACUAUGUCGUCUUUGGUAUUGUUGCCUCAAAAUCCGAUCCAAAGCAGCACAAGGAGCCGAAGAAUUCAACAAAAGAAAAGGACAUGUAUGAUGAUGGUCUCAACAAUACAGAAAAAUACAUGGUCAUUACUCUUACGGACCUCAAUUGGACUAUUGAUCUUUUCUUUUUUGAUACCGCAUUCCCGCGCUACUACAGGCUUUCAGAGGGCACACUGAUAGCCAUACUAAAUCCGGCCAUUCUUCCUCCACCCCCUGGCAAAAUCGACACGAACAGAUUCAGUCUCUGUCUUUCCUCUUCGGACGAUACUGUUCUUGAAAUCGGCUCAGCUCAAGAUAUCGGAUACUGCAAGGCCGAACGCAAGGACGGAAAGAUCUGUCGGUCAUGGCUCGACUCACGGAAGAGUGAAUUUUGUGACUUCCAUGUCGACGUGCAAAUCCGGAGAACACAGGCCUCAAGGGCCGGCGUGAACGGUGGCACGGGUCUAUUUGCGCCUGGCGGCCGUAAUGCACCACGCAUAGCAGAUUGCGGUGCUUCCAAAGGCCAGCGUGGCGGUCGUCGAGGACUCAAACCCGAAGGUGGCAGAUACGAUUGGGCGACUCAGUCCACAUACUUUGUCGCACCCGCGCCCAAAUCUACAUCCUCUCAGGGCCCAUCUAUGCAUCCCCGUUAUGGUAUGGGCAGAGGUGCCUCAGCUGCUGCUCUCAUUGAUGGUAUCGACGACAACCCUUUCACGGACCAUGUUCGUGGCAAUGCGAACAAAGAAGAACGUACACGCCGCCGACUUGUGGAACAGCAACGCGAACGAGACAUUGCACAGAAAUUAAGUUCUAGGGGUGGGACUACAGGAGCAGAAUAUCUGCGUGCUGGGCUUGAGCAAGCAGCGACAUCUGCAGGAACAAAAUCAGCAAUGUCUUCAACUCCAGGACUUUCAGCGCCAGGAUCACAGACCCCCACAGCCAGCAUUUUCAAAUUCCGUAAAGCCGAUGAAGUCAAUCUUGGGCCCAUGAAGAAAAGGGCACGAGCGCAAUCAGAUGACAAAGUCUCUAAUAGCGGCGUGACGAUAUCGGUCAAGAAGACUCGAUUCAUCACUGCAAAGGGCAUUCGUGAAGCUGGCAGAGAUAGUCUGGGGGCGUCUACGGGUAGCGAGGCGAACAGAAGCAAGGUGCAUGUGGUUAUGAAUAAUGAAGAUGACGAUGAUGACGAUGAAUUGGAAAUUAUCUAG